AUGGAAAAAUGUGAACGUAUUCGUAGAGUGAAACAAUGUAUUGUUGAAAAAUUAGAUCUACGACUUAUUUUGGAUGAAUAUUCAUUUCUAAUAAUAAAUGAAAUUGCUCAAACAACUAAUGUUUCAAUAGAUUAUAUCUUUUUAACAACAAUUAUUGCCCUUUGUCAUUGGACAAUGGGAGCUUCAUUAAAAGGUGCUCAAGCUUAUAAUACACCAUUAAUUCUUUUCGGUAUUUUAUGUGGAGGAAGUGGUUCUAAAAAAAGUGCAUCUAUAAGAAUAGUAAAAGAAGCUUGUGAAGCUGUAGAAGCAUUAGAUGGUACACCUGUCAAAAAGUCAUCUAUCAAUGCAUCAGUCAAUAUGGAAUCGUUAUGUUGUGAAUUGGAACAACAACCGAAUUUAUUACAAUUAUGGGAUGAAUUAUCUGUUUUCUUUGGUAUUUUCGGAAGCACACGUGUUGAUCGAACUGCAUAUGAACGUGGUUUAAUCAUGACAUUAUGUCUACUAACGACAGCUGGGCAUCCAAAACGAACAAUUGAAUGUUUAACAGGUAUUGCUUUAAAAUCUCAAGAUCAGAAAGAUCAAAAUGAUGAUGGUUUAUUUAAUCGGUUUUUGAUUGCUGUUGCAUAUAAGCAUCGUCCUAACCGAGAAAUAAUUGAACCAAAUAAAAAAAUACCAAAACUCGGUCAUUUGUUUUAUUUAACUAAAAAACUACAUCGUAACACAGAAGAAUACAUCUAUAACGACGAAGCAAAAAAAUUUGUUAAAAAUGUGAUUUAUGAUUAUGAUAUACUGUCAUCCGACAAAUCGAAUGAAGAUGAUUUUUUAGCAAGUUGUUAUCAAAAAUCAAUGGAACGAGUUGAACGUUUAUCGGUCGUUCUUCACAUUCUUAAAAUAUGUUCUGGUCGGUUAUUUACUAUGUUUGAAAAUAUUGAAUCAUUUGGUAUUCUCGAUGAUAAAUUCAAAAUAAUUUGUACAGAACAAGAAUUAAACGAAGAUGAUCAUUUAAUUGAUUAUGAUACUUGUUUUCGAGCUUCAUUAUUAACAAAAUUUUAUCUUAAUCAAAUUAAAAUAUUAGCUGGCUAUGAUCCAAUAACCGAUCAUAUUUUAUUCAAUAAAAAAUAUAGUAUGGAUGUACCAGAAAAUGAAGUAAUGCAUAUAAAGAAAUAUAUUGAAAAUCAUCCAUCUGAUCGACUUCUUUUAUCAUCACUACCAGCAAAUCUAAAAAGAAAAAUAAGCAAAGAUCAAUAUUUAUUGAUACUUCGACAAAUGGAGGAAGAAGGAAAAGGUAAAAUAGAAGAAACAAAUAAUACGACUGGUCCAAAAGCAAUCGUAUUUACAAAAAAGAAAAAAAUCGAACAUGCACCAAAUACAUCUUCAUCAACAACACAUCAACAAACAAAUCAAAUUAUAUUAAUACCUUCUGAACAAACAGAUGAACCUUCAUCAACAAAUCAAUCUUCUUCUUCUUGA